GUUAUGACGUGGCGCGCUGGAUCAGCCGAACUCUCCACUGUGUAGAUCAAUAGAUCCGUGUCGCUCUUGGCGCUUUCAAAACAACAUUGUUUGUCAGAAAUGGAGGUAAAUUCGUGCAACAUCCAAGUGCUCCUGCAGGCAGCCGAAUACCUGGAGCGGAAGGAGAGAGAGGCUGAGCACGGUUAUGCCUCAGUGCUUCCAUUCUACAGCAAAGGAGACUCAGAUAAGAGAAAAAAGCAGAAAUCAAAGAGCCUUUCACCCGGGAACAGCAGGUCUGUUCACAACGAGUUGGAGAAACACAGGAGAGCUCAGCUGAGACACUGCCUGGAUCAGCUGAAGGAGCAGGUUCCUCUGUCCUCUGAUUCUGCGAGGAACACAACCCUUAACCUGCUCAGACAAGCUCAGCUGCACAUCAAGAAGCUGCAGGAGCAGGACGAGCGCUCGGAGCUGCUGAAGGGGCGUCUGCGCUGGGAGCAGAGAGAGUUACGCCUGCGCCUGGAGAAACUGCAGGGCGGAUCCGAGCGCAUGAGGAACGACAGCCUGGGCUCCACCGUGUCCUCGGAGAGAUCCGACUCGGAGAGAGAGGACGUGGAGAUAGACGUGGAGAGUAUGGUGUGGACGCUGGAGUGUGACGGUCUGGUGUCGUCUCACACCGGAGUGGACCACAGUUACUCUUCAUCUGACCACAGCUGGUUAUGACUGAUGCUCAUCUUCUUCAUCAUCUUCAUCACAGAACAGCCUUGUGUUCCUGACACUGAACACAUCAGCAGACGCCUGAGCACGACUGGAAUAUACUGU